CUACGUUUUUAUUUGUUCUUCAUCGUUUUCUUAUUUUAAUUAAAUUUAAUAUUAAAUACUCACCACUGUCCAGUGUGAAUAGAGAGAAUCGUCAGUCGGACGCACAAAAAUGGCAGCAGCAAUUUUCUCUCUCUUACUCGUCUCCAUCUCUCUGUUCAUUACAGCGUCCUCUUCAUCGCUGCAUUCCGGCCUCCAAAUCCUCCAAGCUGAGCGCCAGAUUGAUUUGACUUCGCACAUCGUUAGGGUUUAUCUGACAUUGAAGGUUGAAAAUAUCGGGGACGAUCCAGCUUCAAAGGUUCUCCUCGCCUUCCCGCCUGAGCAGUUUUACCAUCUUUCGUCGGUAAAAGCAGCUGCAAAUGUCGGGAAGAGGAGGAAGAAAUCGCAUGUUCCUCUUGAAAUCAACUUGGCCGAGCAACCAGACUCGCCAAACGGAACCAAGUACUACGCAGUCUCAUUGCUUAACCAACUACUGAAGGGUGAAACCACCACUCUAGAAAUAUUUUAUAUCCUUACCCACUCCCUCAAGCCCUUCCCAGCCGAAAUAAGCCAGUCGGAGUCCCAGUUGGUUUAUUACCAUGACAGUGCCAUUAUAUUGUCACCUUAUCAUAUCAAGCAGCAGUCUACCGUGAUUAAGACACCCACUAACAAGGUCGAGUCCUUCACAGUUGUGGACCCUGCUCAACAAAGUGGUACUGAGCUUAGAUACGGGCCAUAUGAGGACCGUGAACCUUAUUCUUACUCGCCCAUUAUCGUUCACUUUGAGAACAAUCAUCCGUUUGCUGUGGUUGAGGAGCUUGAGCGGGAAAUAGAAAUAUCUCACUGGGGGAAUGUCCAGGUGACUGAACAUUACAAGUUGGCCCACAAUGGAGCCAAACACAAAGGAUUUUCAAGGGUUGAUUAUCAAUCAAGGCCCACUGCUAGUGGUGUCUCUUCUUUCAAGAACCUUCACGCGGAACUCCCCCCACGAGUCCACUCUGUGUACUACAGGGAUGAUAUUGGGAAUAUAUCAUCAUCGAGAUUAAGAGUUAAUUCCAAGAAGUCGGAGCUGUUAAUAGAACCACGUUAUCCUUUAUUUGGAGGCUGGAAAUCAACUUUUGUGAUUGGAUAUGGAGUGCCGCUGCAGGACUUCCUUUUCGAGUCAGAUGAUGGUGCUCGUUACCUGAAUUACAGUUUUGGCUGCCCUCUUGCGGACACUGUAGUUGACAAGUUGACAAUCAAAGUUGUCCUUCCAGAGGGAUCAAAGGAUCCCUCUGUCAAAGUUCCUUUUGAAGUUGAUCAGAGUUUGGAGACAAAGUACUCGUACCUCGAUGUGAUUGGACGACCUGUUGUGGUCUUGGAAAAGAAAAAUGUGGUUCCUGAACACAAUGUCCCAUUCCAGGUCCAUUACAAGUUCAACCCAAUAUCCAUGCUUGCCGAACCCCUGAUGCUGGCAUCUGCUUUUUUCCUUUUCUUUGUCACCUGUGUUGCAUACCUUCACAUUGAUCUCUCGUUACGGAAGUGAAAGGUCUAAAAAUUUGUUGGGCCUUUGAAAGUCAUGAGCUAUCCUUGGAAGUUGAUGUGAUUGGUCGACAAUUUUCCCAUGCAGACUAGACGAAACCUGGAAAAGAUCGAAAGAACAUAUAGAUUGACAUCAUUGUUAGAGAUUACAUAGGAAAGUUGCAGUUUUUUCAUCUUGUGGAGACAUUUUCGCCGUUGCUUUCAAUGUGGGACACUUGAUUUUGUAGCAUUUGUGUUCGAUGACUUUUGCUCGAUUAACACAGUUGGCCCUUGACAGGUUUAAACUAUUUGCAUUUUGGCGACUGUCAAUUUAGUUUGAACCUAAUAUUCCAAGUGAGACUUAUUUUAGUUGGGACAAAUAUGCUCACUUGCAUCUACUGAUCAAUUCACAAGGGAACAAAAAAAUUCUCUUGUGUGAGUACACUCUUCUAUGGUUUUGCUCGAUCAAUAUGCAUUUUCACUUGCAAAUUUCUCAGAUAAAGCUCUAAGCAACAAUAUCUAUUUAUGAUAUUAGAGAUUACCUUUAUGCAAUACGAUUGCUAAAAGACAAUUAGUAAACGGUAUGAAUAUAUCGAAAUAAUAAUUCGUGCACUCAUGAGGACAAUCAAUUGAAGUUUGUCCAUGUGCCAUAUGAGAUUAGAGAGAGGUUACAAUAUAAUGCUAUGUAGAUAUAGUUUUUUCCCACAUCUAUUUGGUGAGGACUUGAAUAAAAAUUAAUUCUUUAUAUAGGUAGGCAAG